UCCCUGGUAUACAACAGCAACCCCUCUCUCUCUCCUCCUGCAACGAACUUCUCUCUCUAUUUUUCUCUCUCAAGGCUUUGAUCUCCUCUCAUUGUGAAGCCACUCUUUGCCCACUGCAACCAAGCUGCGAUGAUGACAGCGAACGAAGCUUGCGACGGCGCGAGACAGAGCUGCCGUCGAUGACGUCGGAGAAGGCGGUGGCAGCGGCGACGGCGACGGCUUCGGCUUGCUCUGUGGACGAGGGAGCGAAUUCCGGCAGUGUCUUAUUGCCUAGAGCCAAUAGGCGACGGCAGCGACAGGAUAUCUUGAAGGGGUUAAAGUGAAUUGUCUGCGAUGAGAUAUUUUUUCUCAGCAAUCCUGAAAUUUCAGCAGAAAUGGUGUUUAGUAGAAUUGUAGACGUUAUUUCCUCUUUCAGAAGUCAUUUGUCGGCCUCGCGGUCAUCUACUGCUCCAUACAUGUCAUCUGGAUUGCCGUCUCAAUCAGAUUCUGGUCACGGUCUUGAUUUUUCUGGCUCUGCCCAGAAGAAAAAUUUGCGACUCUCUUCAUCUCUCCAAGAUCUCUCUGCAUAUCGCCAACUUGACCCAGAAGAAGGUGAUCUUAACCCUGGGAUUGAUAGGAGUGUGAUCCAUGCAAAGCAAAUUCAUCCUUUACUAAGAGAAAAUGGUGUGUCAAGCUUUUCAAAGGAGAAAGCAUUACCUGGAACCCCAUUUGUGCGGAGGAAAUGGGUGCGAUCCAUCCUGAUUUUUCUGUGUCUACUGUUGCUUGCUUUUCUUAUAUUUGUAUUUUUAAAAUUUUUUUACUCCAAUUGGUCUCAACGAGCAUCCCAAUUCUAUGUUGUACUUGAUUGUGGAAGCACUGGGACUCGGGUUUAUGUUUAUCAAGCAUCUAUUGAUCACAGAAAGGGUGGCAAUGUUCCUAUUGUUUUGAAAUCAUUACCAGAAAGUUUUCAUAGAAAAUCUGGUUCUCAGAGUGGCCGUGCUUACAACCGAAUGGAGACUGAGCCUGGAUUUGAUAAGUUGGUGAACAAUGAAUCUGGCUUGAGGGCGGCAAUUAAGCCACUUCUUCAGUGGGCAGAGAAGCAAAUCCCCAAGCAUGCACAUAAGAGAACUGCUUUAUUCCUUUGUGCAACAGCUGGGGUUCGCAGACUGCCAAGUGCUGACUCAGAAUGGAUUCUUAACAAUGCAUGGUCCAUACUGAAAAAGUCACCAUUCUUGUGCCAUAGAGAUUGGAUUAGAAUUAUUUCUGGAGUGGAGGAAGCUUAUUAUGGUUGGAUAGCUCUGAAUUAUCACACAGGCAUGUUGGGUGCCAUAGAAAAAAAAGCAACAUAUGGUGCACUUGACCUGGGUGGUUCAUCUUUGCAGGUUACUUUUGAGAGCAACAAACAUGCACACAAUGAGACUAGCUUAAGCCUAAGCAUUGGAUCUGUUAAACAUCAUUUGACUGCCUAUUCUCUUGCAGGCUAUGGUUUAAACGAUGCUUUUGACAAGUCUGUGAUUCAUCUUCUUAAGAGGCAUACAAAAAUUACUAAGAAAGAUUUGAUUAAGGGGAACAUAGAACUUAAGCACCCUUGCUUGCAGUCUGGGUACAAAAAGCAAUAUAUUUGUUCUCGGUGUACUUCCAUAGUUGAAGAGGGUGGAAUCCCUAGAGGCGAAAGAAAUUUGAGGCAAGGAGGAAAACGUGGAAUUCCUCUAACACUUACUGGUGCUCCAAAAUGGGAAGAAUGCAGUGCACUUGCAAAAGUUGCUGUCAACUUGUCUGAAUGGUCAGAUCUAAGCCCAGGAAUUGAUUGUGAGUUGCAACCUUGUGCUCUUGCCGAUAAUUUGCCUCGUCCUUAUGGUGAGUUCUAUGCAUUGUCUGGAUUCUUUGUGGUGUAUCGAUUUUUUAACUUGACUCCCGAAGCCACCCUUGAUGAUGUAUUAGAGAAAGGUCAGGACUUCUGUGAAAGAACUUGGGAAGUUGCAAAGAACAGCGUUCCUCCACAACCCUUUAUUGAACAGUACUGCUUUAGGGCACCGUACGUUACGCUAUUAUUGAGAGAGGGCCUGCAUAUCACCGAUAGCCAUGUCAUUAUUGGUUCUGGAAGUAUCUCUUGGACUCUAGGGGUUGCCCUUUUAGAAGCUGGGAAGGCACUUCCAGGCAGAAUGAGGUUUUACGGUCGUGAAUUGUUCCAAAUGAAGAUAAAUCCAAUUAUUCUUUUCGCUAUUUUGUUGAGUUCGUUGAUUCUCCUAGUUUUUGCUUUAUCAUGUGUUGGCAAUUGGAUGCCAAGGCUUUUUCGUAGGUCAUACCUCCCCCUUUUCAGGCAUAGCAGCGCAUCAAGUGCAUCUGUUCUUCGGUUCCAGCGUUGGAGUCCAAUCAGUUCAGGUGAUGGAAGGGUAAAGAUGCCACUAAGUCCAACCAUUGCAGGUGCCCAACAGAGGCCAUUUGACAUAGAUCACGGCUUUGGUGGCAGCAACAUCCAGCUGGUUGAAUCUUCAUUAUACCCAUCAACGAGUGGUGUUUCACAUAGCUAUUCCUCAGGUAGCCUGGGCCAGAUGCAUUUUGACAAUAGUAGCAUGGGUUCUUUCCGGUCUCCUCAUAGAGGUCAGAUGCGCCUUCAAAGCAGGAGAUCUCAAUCUCGAGAAGACCUUAAUUCUUCACUAGCAGAGGCACACCUGACGAAAGUUUAAUCAUGCUCAAUAAAUUUUGGUAUGUUCAUUUUCCUUUUCACCUACCCACAAUUUUCCUGUUAUCUUCAUUGAAAGUUCUGCUUUUGUUCAAACCAACACAUCUUGUCCAUUUUUCGUAGUUUGUACCAUAUGUGCCCAUUUUGAUGAGGAGCAGAUUGAUAUAUUGCUCGUCCAACUUGUUUAACAAAUUUUACUGGUUAUGAUUUUACACGAGCAUGGUCAUAAUUAUAAAAUCCUAAACUGCUGUUUUUUAACAAUCUGUCUUAUAGAGAAUUUACCAAUAUGAAAAUACACAAAGGAGGUCUAAGGGUCCGUUUGGAUCAAGGAUUUUAUGUGGGAAAAUGAAAGAAAAGGAAAAUAAGGAGGAAACUCAUUUUAUCUUAUAUUUUCCUUCUCUAUUAAAUACUAUCAAAAAUGAAAGUUUAUUUUAAUAUGACUAAAAAUUAGAAAAAAUUAAAUAUUAAUAAUGUGUAAGAUCAAGUUUUUGUUUAUAGAUUUAGUAUAUUUUUUAUUCUCUCUUCUUUAAUAACCAAACAUGAAAAUGAGGAUUUCAUGAUAUUUUUCUUUCCUUUUCGUAAUAUUUUCUGAAUUCCAAACGAGGCUUAAAAGAAGUAGGAAAAAAUAAAUACCUGCCCUGAGUUUUCAGCAGCAUCAUGUGUUCAGUUCUGGUCCAUCCAGUUUUUAUUGAGUUAAAUUAGAGAUUAUGUGCCUGUUAUACCUUAAGUAACAUGAAGAGAUUUUUAUUUAAUUCUCAUCAUACUUCCAAUUAUAUUGUUAGAUCUUCAGUACACUUGAUUAUACACUUGAUUAUGAUUUAUUUACAUGUUCCCAGUGGUACAUAGUUUUUCUGUGGAGGAGGUGAUAUUAUGGUGUGAAUACGACGUGCUCAGAUCGCAGAAUUCCACCAUUUCCAUUUGCGGGAUCUCAUCAAAUAUCAAGCUGACUGGCUUAAAAAGAUUCGCAGUCUAGGCAAGCUUAAAAAAAUUUCUUGAGAUGGAGAUCAGUGUCGCUGCCUCCUUCACUGGUUAGAUAUGUUUAUAGAGAGUGCUUACAUAUUCAAGUAUAAUUCAAUUGAAACGGAGAAGGCCUAUAUUUAAUCAGGAAUACUAUAGUGCAUGCAUGUCUGAUGAGAUAACUACAACCGAAAAAUCUAAUGACGUAGUAACAUUUUUUCUCUGAUCUGUACAAGAAACUUGGGCCCUAUGAUGGUUCCCGAGAAAUUGUUUUGCUUCAUAAAUCUGCAAAUGGAAAUAUGAGAAGAGACUGGAAAAAGGUUAUUUUUUGAA